GCUCCCGAACAGAAAUAACGCCGGAAUAUCGGUCACAGACUCCGCUCCCAAUGAACGGAUAGAAUUAAUUGUCCGCGCGGCACUAUCGGGCCGGCGGCUGCGCGCGCGGACGUUUCCGCCGCCCGAGAAAAGCGCGGGAGCGAAACGUCAAACUGACGGCUGUUUUUUUUAAAUAAAUUAAAAUGUGCACGGGCGGUCGAGUGAUAAGCUAUCUACUAGGUCGAGGGGUCGCGCGAUAAUUUUUAAUCGGGAAGAAAAUGUGAUUUUUGUGAAGUGCGAAUUCGUGUUUGCGCGAGCGCAGAAAGGACGAGCCUUCUCGGAAAUUGAAUCAUACACCGGUUAUCGCGAGAAGGCGGCGCGCGGCGAGAUGUGCGAGCUCACGAGUUGGAUCCCGCUCGCCGUGGUGGAGACACUGCGCGACCGCUCCGCGCAGCCCGUCGUCGCCUGGCUCACGCUCAUCCGGGCCACCAUCGAGGAGUACGACCCCCUCGUCGUCGUCCGCCCGCCCUCCGCCGCCUCCGACGACACCGAGCCCGACUCGGAGGGCGCCUUCGACGAGAUACUCUCGCAGCUCGGCAAGGAGAUCUACAAGCUCGACGAGUACCGGCGCACCCUCGCGCCGGCGGCUAGCGAGAUCCCCGGGAGCAUCCUCAACAUCUUCGACGAGUGCCUGGACGGCAUGAGCCGGGGGCACGUCGAGAACGAGACCAAGGUGAUCGCGCCGAAACGAGUGUCCAGUGAAAACAUGUACACGGAGAACCUCAUCGGCGAGGCCGUCCCGCUCGGGGCGAGCACGCCAGUGUUGAGUGCGAAGGAGACCAGGACUCCGCCGGUGCCACCGCGGCGACCUCGGCCGCGGUCGCCCUCCCCGUCCGUGUCCGACGACCUGGACCGGCUGUCGGACGACUCCGCCAGCACGUGCUGGAGCUACAAGGAGUGCAGCGCGGCGUCGCCGGCGGCCGGGGAGCGGGGUACGUACGCGCUGGUGUGGUCGCACAGCAGCGGCUACCACAACAGCGACGACAUCCUGCGGCGGGUGCUGGCGGCGUCUCCGUCGCGGCUGAGUUUCGACACGAGCGAGGCGGGCGCGCCAGUCGCCGCCAUGACGCCGCUCGCGGACGACGGCUACGAGCCGGUGCGCGACGCGAUCACGGACGAGAACAUCUACGAGGAGAUCGAGUACUGCUACACGGACGAGGGCUGCUCCUGCGGCAGCGUGGAGGUGGAGAGCCUGUCCGCCAGCGAGGGCCGGGAGACGCCGCUGUACGCCAACCUGCGGGACCACGACGCGUACGCGAUCCCGCCAGAUGUUAUAUACUGGAAGAAGUUCAUAUUAGGUGAUCCCUUUUACAACGAGGACGAGGAAGAUGAGUGGAUAACGCCGGAGGAGUGCGAGGUGUACUCCAGGGAGCGGCGGCCGCCCCUCGUCAUACCGCGCAUCACCCAGUACCGCGCGCCCCGUCGCUCUCCACGACAGACGCAGAUACCUUACUCUGAGCAAGAAGUAUGUGACGUGCCGGCGAAAGCGUGGCAGUACUCCCCAACGCCGGACCGCAGUCGGAUAGACCUGGAGAGGAGCUUCGCCAAGGCCAACUAUGACUCGCCCUCCAUGUGGUCAGCUAAACGAUUGGGUGGUUCAACGGAGAACCUGCUUGGUAACAUCAGGCGACCCACCCACCUGCAGCUGCCGGCGUCCUCGUCCGGGGACAGCCUGGACGUGGAGAUCCGGGAGCGGAAGCCCUACCACCAGGAGCGGUCGCGGUCCAUGAUGGCUCCCAAGCCCAAGGCCAGAGCACCACAACCGUCGCCAAGACUGAUGGAUGUGAGGAGCGAGAAGAAGAGCAGGAGUGAAGACCCAAUGGUACUAGAGAGGCGGUACAUUAAGCGCACAAAGUACAUGGAGGGGGGGAAGAAGUGCAAGAAGAACUGGGUGGAGAGCUACAUGACCCUCACACCUACCUCCAUACGCUUCUACAAGAACGAGAACACGUAUAAUGCUACGAUGCGUGAUCCUCCAAGCCCGUCGACGCCGCGACCGGAGCUGGUGAUCAUGCUCCACAGCGCCUACGUCGAGCUCAGCCAACAUUCCCAAACGAGAAGGCAUUCCCGUUCCCUGGUGCUCACUCAAGGGAACGACCAGUACCUGUUACAAGAUGAGUCAGAGGAGAGCGCCAGAAACCUUCUUCGAAAAAUUCAAACCAUCAUCGGGAGGCUUGGUCCCAGUUACAUGAUGAUGGAAGACCGGCCCAGUCCAGUUUGCAGCAGCGGCACCGACGCUGAGAGCGUGGGCAGGACGCCGCCAGUAUCGCGCCACGCCAACAAGGUUAAACAAAAAGCAGGAGGCAGCAGCGUCGAAGAUCUCAGUGACUCCACUGAAAUAGUCACAAAAUCCGACGUCAGAAGCAAGCUAAAGAGAUUCUUCGCAAGACGGCCUACGAUGGAGGUCCUAGUGAAAAACGGAAUCUAUAAAGAUGAGCCAGUGUUUGGGCGGAAGCUGGAGGAGGUGUGUCCGGCGAGCAGCCCGCGCGUGCCGGAGUUCGUGAAGGCGUGCAUCAAGGAGAUAGAGAGCAGCGAGGAGAACAUGGGGACCGACGGCCUGUACCGAGCCAGCGGCAACCUCAGUCAAGUACAGAAGAUACGGUUAGAGGUGGACCAGAACAACUUCUCAGUGAUAGAGAACAACACUGACAUCCACGUGCUGACGGGGUCGCUGAAGCUGUUCUUCCGCGAGCUGAAGGAGCCGCUCAUCCCGUUCACACUGUUCGACAGAGUGCUCGCCGCUUGCUCGAUCAAGCCGCGAGAAGCCAGGAUCAAAGAGUUCCGGGAGAUCAUACAGCUCCUGCCGCAGUGUAACCGGGACACGCUCAAGUAUCUGUUGGAGCACUUGUUGAAGGUCACACUUUACAGUGAACGCAACAGAAUGCACACCGCCAAUUUGGCGAUCGUGUUCGGACCGACGCUGCUUUGGGCGGAGAAGGCGGAGAACAUAGCCAUAGACUGUAUCCAACAGAACAACGUCGUGGACAUACUACUCAACGACUUCAAAGAGAUCUUCGCCGAAGACACAAAAGUCAAGAAAAAGGCGUGACUUUAAAAUAUAUUUUUCGAAUGGUUUUAUGAUUCUCCCUAGGAAUGUGAAAAAAAUGUGUAGGUUUGUUCAAACCUGUACUUUCACCUGUGUUGUUAUCGAGUCAACAGUCAACACUUAUUUUAAAUUAUGGUGUAUGAGUUAUCACUAUGUCGAUUAAAAAUAUUCUAUGUUUGUUAUAAAUUGGAAGUAAAACCCUUAUUAAAUACAAUAAAAGCUAGGCUUUAAAUUGAAAUAUUGUAAUACCGACUUCUGGAAAAUUAUUUCUGUAUGUAUAUAGACGACAUGUUGGUGGAAACUGCAAUAAAUAUAUUUUGUAGCCUGGAUUAGAAUUAUCUUUGCUAUUUAAAUUUAAUGUAUGUAGUAUAUUUAAAUUAAUAAUAAAAGAUUAAAGAUAUAAAUAUUAAGAAAAAAAUAUGUAUUUAAAAUAUCUAAUAAUAAUCUGCCAAAAAUAAAAUGAAACUUCUGGUAUUGAAGAGGAACGCUGUGUGGUCUUUCUGCAGUUUCGCGCCCAAAAUAUUACUGAGUUUUUUUUAAAGACUUUUGACUAACGUCUCAUAAGAAACGGGUUCAGAACUACAGAAGAUAAUAUAUUAUUAUUAGUGGAAUACGGAAAGACUGUAGAGUAAUUCGCUAUUUUUGUGAUAGGCAUUAGAUGUAUUACUUAUCAGAUGAUUUGAUAUUAUUUUUGGAACCAAUUCUGUAUAUUAUAACAUCGGCUUCAAGCCAAAUUUGUUUGUGCCUUAAGCGAUUUGUAAAUAUUCAUCCAAGAUGAUUAUUUGUGAUAUAAUAUGUUGUUGUGUUCUGUAUCAUAGGAAAGUUUGUGACCAUCUAGUCCCUUUGUUAGUUGGACUUAUAUGUUUGAGGUGAUAAUACGCGUAUAUGACAAUUUAUUUUGUAUGAAUGUUUA